AUGACGGACUGGAUUCAGAACUACGCGCGGAGCUUGAAGGAGAGGACGGAGGACCUGAAGAGGGAACGGCGCCUAGCCGAGGACCUGCUGCACCAGAUGCUCCCCAAAUCUGUAGCAAAGCAACUGCGUCAGAGGAAGCACGUCAAAGCGGAGAGUUACGAACAGGUAACAAUUUUCUUCUCGGAUAUAGUCGGCUUCACUGCGAUCUCUGCUUCCUGCACGCCGCUGCAAGUCGUAGAGAUGCUGAACAACCUCUACAUGUGCUUUGACACUCGUAUAGAGUCUUAUGAUGUCUACAAGGUGGAAACCAUCGGCGACGCAUACAUGGUGGUGAGCGGCCUUCCAGAAAGGAAUGGUGACAAGCAUGCAGAUGAGAUAGCAAAGAUGUCACUGGACCUGGUGGCCGCUGUGCGGCAGGUGCCCAUCCCGCACAUGCCUGGCAAACGCCUGCAGCUCCGGGCGGGCAUCCACACCGGUCCUUGUGUCGCUGGUAUCGUGGGGUACAAGAUGCCACGCUACUGCUUGUUUGGAGACACAGUUAACACAGCGUCCCGCAUGGAGUCCACCAGCCUGCCUCAAAGGAUCCACGCCAGUUCCGACACCUACCUUGCCCUUAUGAAGGACAAUGCUUAUGAUCUGCAGCUGAGGGGGGAGAUAGAGGUCAAGGGCAAAGGGAAAAUGAACACAUACUGGCUUAUCGGCAACAAGAACUACAGCGUGCAGAACGACAGUCUGGUCUGUCACUGGAACCCCAGUCUCUCCAGGAGGAAGAAGACGGUGGCAGACAGCACUGUGUCGGUGGCCCAGUCCGGGGCCAGCAUCGCGGUGCAGAGCGUCAGCGAGAAGGCCAACACACCGGUGCCCACACCUGCAACGGACAACACGGUGUAUGUGUCGGCGCAGGUGGAGCACAGCGCGAUGGAGCCCAAGGCGCAGGAAUCCUUGACUGGACAGCUGCAUGGGUGCGACUAUGCGGCCACCCAUUCCUCUGGGGGGGGUCCUAUUGAGCAGAACAUCUACCCCCCCACAGGCGAUAAGCCAGACCUGCUGCCGGGGUCAGUCCUUAACACCUAGCUACCUUGAGAAGGCUUCUGCGUUCCAACAAUGUGCAUCACAUGACUGAAAUGUUUAUACAGCUUUAGUACUAUGAGAAUGUAUGUGCUAAUUCAUGAUUUGUGUGGUGUGUGGAUGUUUACAACAUCAGUGACAGAAACAUGUUAGUGUUCACCAUCCAUGUGUUAAUAUUGUCCCGCUGAUUAUUAUUCUAUGAAAUAAGUUCUGAUUGAAUUAUUACUGUAAGACAUAUGAGAUAGUGUAUUCUUUUUUUGAGGUACAGUAUAGCUUCACAUGCCAUCUUAAAAUUUUAAUUUAUCAGAUUAUCAACGACAACAAAGAAACAUGAUCUCUUGUAUUCCACAGUGCAGCCUUCGCUAGGUAGAAUAUUAUCUGUUCUUUUGGUGUAUUAGGACAGAGAGCAUAUGUCUCAAAAUGUUGACCUUUUUACUUAUAUGAGUAAAUAUAAAUAAACGUACUUCUAAA